UCUAAAACGUUGUCAUCGUAUUGUCGGUGAAUUUCUUGCAGCCAGAGUUGCCUGUAAGUUUUGUAGUAUUUUUUUUUUUUUCAAUGCUUGUGGGCAAGGAGACCCCUCUGUACCCAGACUGCCGCCACUAGUCGCCCCCAGCGCCACACGUCACAUCACGUCCGUACUUGAACUUGAAUCCCAUUCCAUUCUUCAGAGGCAACCCCUACCACACACACACAGACAGACACACACACACACACACACACACACACACACACACAGGCGCUGGGUCCUCCCUGAGAGGAGCGUGAAUGCGAGACGUAAUUGCUCGGGUCCUGAUUGAUCUGGAGAGGAGGUGUUGUCUUCAGAGGUUGAGCCAUUCUGCGCUCUGAUGCCAAGCGCACAUGGAGGACUGUGCCAAAGACUUCGCUCACCUGGCGAACCCGCCGUCCACGGAUCUUGGAUUUCCAUUAUAACUGGACAACAACUGUUUUAGGACUUUUUAAAGAAAGAAUACCUGAAUUUAAAGACAGUGUUUUGGAAUCGAUGUUGUCAGAGGUUAAAUGAGCUGCUGCGAGUCGGAGUGAUUUUCUCGCAUCGCUGUCUCAGGUUAAGGGGCACUUAGUCACUGCUUCACAAAAGUCGAGCACAAUUUAGUCUGUUCAGAGAGUACAAGUGCUAGUUUGUGCCGCGAUAACGACUAGAAUAGCCCGCGAGCGCAGUGGAACAAUACCUGGACUGUGGAGGAAAGUUUGGAGAGCUUCUGGAGCGCGCACAUUAGUCCGAGUGUCCGUGAGAUGCUGCUGUAAAUGCGGGGCGAUGUCCCGACGGAAGCAAGGCAACCCACAGCAUCUGUCCCUCACACAGAGGGAGAACCUACCGACUGGGCCAGAUCAUGACGCAGGGGUGGAACAGUGCCCAUCGGAGGGCUCCAUAGCCAGCCCUGUGGGCGGAGCCGGAGAGAGUGACCUGCUGACCUGCGGUCAAUGUCAAACCAACUUCCCCCUGGGAGAUAUUCUAGUGUUUAUCGAGCACAAGAGGAGACUGUGCCCCGGACCCAGCGUCUGUUUCGACAAACCGAACGACUGCGGCGGCUCCCCGUCCCCCAGACCCCCACGGGUGGAAGUCUGCCGGAGGUCUGGACCAGUGGAAGUUGGGAUCCAGGUCACGCCAGGAGAGGAGGAGGAAAAAAGACUGACGCCUGCCAGAGGAAUCUGCCCCAAGCAGGAGGGCGUCCCAACAGGAAGAGAUGAGCCCUCCAGUUACAUCUGCACCACUUGUAAGCAACCCUUUACCAGUGCAUGGUUUCUGCUGCAGCAUGCGCAGAACACCCAUGGGAUACGCAUCUACCUGGACACCCACCCUACUAGCUGCUCACUUACCCCUCGCUUGGCCCUUCCUCCUCCACUGGGGGCUGAUGCCUUGCCCCGUUCCCCUCUAGCCAGCUUUCUGGGUGAUAGCAGCAACCCUUUCCAACUGUUGCGUAUGGGUACCCCACUGUUACGAGAGCCUCCACCACCUGGAUACAUGGAAACCCGCUUGCCAUCCACCCCGCCCUUUGUAAGCCCUCCACCACCCCGUCAUCCUCUGGAACGCCUUGGCCCAGAGGAGAUGGGUCUACUGUCCCAGCAUCCAAGUGCUUUUGAGCGAGUGAUGCGGCUGACACCAAUGGGAAUUGAGCCAUCCAUGGGCUUCUCUCAGCGUCUUCGUGAAUUGGCGGGCAACAACAACAAUGGUGGUCCAACUCCCCCUCUUUCACCUAACCGUGUACCCCCUAUGCAUCGGCUUCUCAGCCCCACUCUCUUCCAGCAUGGCUCCAAACCUCUACCUUUCCUAACCACACCAUCACAGCCACCAUCAGUUCCGUCCAGAGGCAAUUCCUCACCACCACUAAAUCAGGUCGGCAAAGCCAAGUCCUGUGAGUUCUGUGGCAAGACUUUCAAGUUCCAAAGCAACUUGAUUGUGCACAGACGUAGCCACACUGGUGAAAGACCCUAUAAGUGCCAUCUCUGUGACCAUGCAUGUUCGCAGGCCAGCAAGCUAAAGCGCCACAUGAAGACGCACAUGCACAAGUCAGGCUCUAUAGGGAGUUCACCUGAGCAGGGAGGGCAAGACUCAGCUGGAGAGGGGCUUAAAAACAGUGAGGACAAUGGCACGAGGGAGGGAUUGGAUAAUGAGGAGGAGGAAGAAGAAGAAGAGGAGGAAGAGGAGGAGGAGGAAGAAGAGGAAGAACAGCAAAAUGGGAGCAGGCCUGAUUCCAACCUGAGUAUGGACUCAGAGUUGAGCAGAAACAGAGAGAAUGGCCCAAGACCCUCCCCAGAGGAAAAGCCUCUGGCCACUGACAGAGUGACAGAAAGCCAAUACAACAACCUCGACAAUCACUUGAGAUUGCCACCGGGCAGCAGGCCAUGCCAGGAGAUGGACACAGAUUCGGCAGCCAGGGAUAUCGACAGAGACAGGCGGCCCAUGGUGAAUGGCAGAGGCUGCGGCCCGGAGGAUUCCAUCUCAGUGAUGUUUCACCGGAAGCCAAUGCCUAUUUCCAGCUCCAGCCUCUCUGGGUCUUCUGCCAAGAGGAUCAAGGUGGAGAAGGAUGUGGAGCUGCCGCAGGUGCCCGUCAUAUCCCCUGAAAAUGUGUAUUCUCAGUUGCUUGCUGGUUAUGCUGCAUCCCGCCACUUCAUAAGGGAGCCGUUCCUGGGCUUUAACGACUCCAGGCAGUCACCUUUCGGCACUUCUUCUGAGCACUCUUCAUCGGAGACAGGCAGCCUGCGCUUCUCCACCCCUCCAGGGGAAAUUCUGGAGGGUGGUGGAAUGUCAGGGCGAAGUGGCAGCAGUACACCUCACCUCCAGCUGCGGGGUCCUGGGCCAGGGAGACCACCCAGCUCCAAGGAGAGUCGACGGAGUGACACCUGUGAGUUCUGUGGUAAGGUGUUCAAGAACUGCAGCAAUCUGACCGUGCAUCGGCGCAGCCACACAGGUGAGAGGCCUUACAAGUGUGACCUGUGCAGCUACGCUUGUGCCCAGAGCAGCAAGCUUACCCGGCACAUGAAGACCCACGGGCAGUUUGGCAAAGAGGUUUAUCGCUGCGAUAUUUGUCACAUGCCCUUCAGCGUGUACAGCACCCUGGAAAAACACAUGAAGAAGUGGCAUGGAGAGCAUUUGUUGACCAAUGAGGUCAAACUUGAGCAGGCUGACAGAGCUUGAGACCACUUUUCAAUGCACUGCAUUAUGGGUUUAGCUGGAUAGUUUUUUUUUCUUGACUAUAUAUUUUUUGGAGUGUUUUUUUUUUUUUUUUUUUUUUUUUUUGUGAAAACAAACUGCCACCUGAGAAACAAGAACACAGGGAAAUGUUAGUCUGCGGUUCUAAAACCCUUCUUGCAUUUCCCAGCAACUAACAGAGGAGUAGUCCAUUAGGAAUUCAUGGAGCCUUUCUACUGUGCAAUAAUUUCUGUAUUUAUUGGAUUAUUUGUAAUGACACAUGGCAUGUGCAGGUACAUUAUCGAUGGGUUUCUAAUGCAUUCAGUUCCUGAAAUUAUAUUUCUACACCCCAUCUUAUGAUAUGACAAAUACUGAGAUUUUGGCAUUCAGCCAGUUAUGUGUUCUAAACUAGUUUCCUCAAAGGAAACAAAGGGGGUAAUUUCUAAAGAAGAGGUCAACUUCUAAAAAUCUGAGAACGUUUUCAUGUUAUUGUUGCUGUCAAUUGCCCCACUCAUCAUGGGUUAUAUUCAGUAGAUAGAUGUAAAGCACUGAAUGUCACUUUGACAAUAAAAUAUUCAACAAUUUUAAGGGGCAAAAAAAAAAAACCCAGGGAUGUUUUAAGGCAGCUGAUGCAGUUUGACUGCAUCUGAAUGAUUUUCUAUUGACAACCUUUAAAAUGAAAUGAAAUGAAAGUUCAUCAACCAUGACAUUUAUGAGAAUGACAAUGUGCAAAUGACAACAAAAAUGACAAUAUUUCCUCUACAUUAUUAUGAUUCCUGUAUAUAAACAGUGCUGAGGCCAUCAGUCUUGCAUUCCUAACACAUUUUUUUCAAAAGGCUGACAUUUUUUAAAUCCCAUAUUUUAUUUUUAAAGAUCAAAAUGUUUAGAUUCGCUCAAAAUCACAUCCAUUGCCAUUUCUUGCCAUUUCUUCCACCUUCAUCUAUCUCUUUAUAAUUGUGUUUCAGUGAUGUCAAAACCUUGUACAAGGUCAAAUCCUUUCAUAUGUUAAUGGUAUUAUAAUAUGUUUAUUGUGCAGUCUUGACUAAUUCAGACUGGAUUCACUUGUUCAUGGCAAGUCAUAAGAUUCAUAAGCUCAAAUUGUUGCAUUUACUAUUAAUUUAUUAAAGGAAAGUGUUCAUUCACAAAUGAAUCAAUUCUGAAAUCAAAAAUGAAUUAGCAGCUAUUUGGACACCAAUAUAAAGCACAGGUGCUCACCUGAAGAAAUCAUUUGAGUAAACGCACACACAGGCCAUUCAUUUGUAGCAGCAUUCUAUGCACCAUCCUGUGCGUUGUUGAAACUGCAAUCACUGAAUUGUGUUGGGGCUCUCUGGAAGCCCUGGGUGACUGCCUGUCCUCUAAAGGAUCCUGGAAUUAAAUGAUUUCCUCAUUACGACCUCUGUUCCUACACACUGAAUCGCCUCCACCUGUCUCCUUUCAUACAUCACCAGCUCAAAUUUACACGACAGCCAUCCCUCGCCUCCACUCUGCAUACACCACGUUCUUUAUCUGCAUAUUCACUAUUUACAACAUCCUGCCAUUUAUGUUCGUGACUUUUUACAGUUUACAUUUUAUUUGUUGAAUAGAAAUUUGAAUUUAAGCUAAGGCUGCACAUGUUUGCCACUCAAAAUUAGUCAGCAGGGCACCUCAUAAAGAAAUGUACACAAGGACGAGAAUAAUUUUUUAAAUAUAGAUGUGUAGUUUAUCACCUACUUGUCAGAUACUUUGCAAACUGUCAAACCUCUCUUUGCGUAAAUGACAGGAAGUGGCCAAAACUUGAAAGAAAAUUAGGAAGAAAUGUGUAGUCAAGAUAGCAUGUUGAAUUUAAUUGCUACCAAUGGCUUUUGUAGACUGACAUAACCAGACAACACGGACGUGCCUCAAAUUAUUUUUCAGCCUUUAUCUUCUGAUAGUUCAAACCCUUGCUAUAAAGUGGAAAAAAACAAUUUACGAACAAACUAUCACCAUCCAGUAUCAUUUAAAUUCAUUAAGAGGAAUCAAAUCAAAUAAAUUUGUAGAGGAUGAUUGUCCAUUUAUUUGAGAAAUGUAAAGUGUGCUUCAUUUUUGAGGGAAAGACUUAACGCACAUAUUUCUUUGAGAAAUUACUAAGCCAUUUCUUUACUGAUUUAUUUAGAUGGACUAGAGAAUUAUUGACAGUGGAGGCAAAACAAAACAAUUGGAAUUAAAAAAAAAAUAACUAUGACACUGUCUUUAAAUGAUGUUUACAGUGUUGAAGUAUAAGAAUACUGAGCUCUUCUGUAUAUGUGUUUUAAAUGAGACAAAAAUGUUUUGUCCUCUGUUUUUCUACAAUAUUGAAUAUCAUAGCAGGGUUUUCUCCUUAUUCCCUUUGUUUUUUCCUUCCCCCCUUUUUUGGUGCAGGUAUUUCCGUAAAUUUCUAUGGAUAUAUGCGCGUGUAUGUUUUGUUCAUUGUUAAAUACUCAAUGUAUUUGUAAUUUCAGUGGCAUUUUAUGAAAUGAUGCAAAAAAUCUUUAUAUUUUGCAGUCCAUUAUGAAAUUGUGAGUCUAUUCAAAUGUUUUGUCACUAUAUCUGUUCAUAAUUUUGGUAAUUCCAUCCACAGGAGGAUGUAAAAAAAAUAAAAUAAAAAUGAAAACAAACAAGAAAA